ACAAGCUUCUAAAAAGAUUUAAAAAAAGAAAGGCGGGAAGCACAGCGUCUAUCGACUUCUGGUUUUGUCAUGAAAGCCAUAACUUUUCAUCGGUGCUUCUUUGUACUGAUUGUAGCUGGAUUUUUUGCAACGGAGAAAGCCUCGACUUGCAAAGAGGAUUUGGUGGACGCGGUGACUGAUGAUAAACUAACCGCCUCCAGCAUUUAUAACGGUGAUUAUAGCGCCGACAAAGCAAGACUGUCCAGUAGUGGGUGGAGUCCAGAUCCAUUAGAGGGUGAUCCAUGGAUACAGGUCGAUUUUGGACGGACUUUCACCAUUAUGGCUGUAGUAACAAAAGGAUUGAACUUCAGCAAUCUCAUUGAAUAUGUGAAGAAGUACAGAGUUAAAUACAGUAACACGGGCUCUACUUGGAACACGGUGCAAAUCGGCACAACCAAUGAAUUCAUCGCCAAUUCAGACACAACGACUCCAGUUACUAACAUUCUACCAAGUCCAGUUGUUGCUCGCUACAUUCGCCUGUACCCAACUGAGCAUUACAUGUUCCGCAGUCUACGUUUUGAUGUCAUUGGUUGUGAAGCAAAUGUGGUUACAACAACUUCUUCCUUGUUUGCUGUGCGACCGACUACCACUUUAACUGCGCAAACUGCUAUCACGUCUUUGUUUUCAGGAACUAAUUGGAUUUCUUCAGCAAACACUAACACCACAUUGUCUACAGCACAUGAUUCAAUUACCAUGACAACGCAAAACAGAAGUCGCCGGAUUGUCGAUACGACGGUUUUAUCUUCACCAACCACUUCUAAAACUUCGAAUACACAAGCUUCUACAAUUACGUUGCAUUCACAAGAUACUUCUACCAACUCGGGUAUACCACUCACUACCACGACGUUGUUGCCACCAACCACUUCCACCACUUCGAGAAUACCACCAGCUACCACGACGUUGUCGCCACCAACCACUUCUACCACUUCGAGAAUACCACCAGCUACCACGACGUUGUCGCCCCCAACCACUUCUACCACUUCGAGUAUACCACCCGCUACCACGACGUUGUCGCCACCAACCACUUCCACCACUUCGAGAAUUCCAACCACUACCAUGGCUAUGUCUUCACCAAUAACUACUAAUAUUUCGAGUACAUCAGACAUUCAUAGCACUUUGUCAUCUGAGUCGACAGUAUUCUACACUACUCAAGCUGGACUAUGUACAUGUAACUGUGCUCAGACCAGCUUUACAAUGACACCAGAGGAAGUUCAGGCAAGAAUUGAAAACAUUGUACAGAAUUUAUCAAUCUCAAAAAAGACGACAUCAAAAUACCUAAGAAGCAAAAUAUCGGCACAUGAUACAAGACCAGAGGUGGUCUAUGUUGGAUCUGUUGCCAUAGCAUUAUUAUGUAUGUUCGCCAGCUUCAUUGUUCUACCUGAUCUAUGUACACUGUUAAGAUUUUUAUUUUCAGCGCUAUAAGAAAAUUAAGAAAACAAUUUUGCGAAUUAAUAAACAAAAUACCAAAAAGAAUUAAGAAACAACCAAAUAAAACCCCAAAACCCUAAAACAGUGAUGUCUGUUACGUUUUGGAAUUAAAACUGACUUAUUGGAAUAAAAAAUAACAUCAUACUGAAAUUUAUGUAGUAUACAUUACAAUAAUAUCUAAAACAUAUUUCAUUAAUGACAUGAGAAAUAUAAACAUAUUGUAGAGAUUUGAAAUAAGGACGACAGAAUUAAGCAUUUUACUAAUAAUACACCAGCGCUGAAAUUUCCCUGUUAAUGAAACAGAAAAAACUAAAAGUUGAAUAUUUCUCUGUGUGUAUUCAAAGCAACUGAAUGGAUGGGAUGGAGGAAUGAACAACAAUAUUGGACAAUAGAAAAAAAGGUUAAAGGACUAUAUAUGAUAAGGGCCUAAAAUGGCCCCCUAAAAUG